UCUCACACCGCUGUCCUUUCAAUUACAACGUGAUUACUCUAAUUAGAAUACCAAAUUACAAAUAGUGUAAUUGUGGCACCCAUGUGUGAUAAAUUGGUCACGAGAUAUUGAAAAGUCAUGGGAUAUGUUGACAAGGCUAAAGUUUGUUUAUGCGUGCGUGGAAUCGCUCAGUGCUUGAAAAUACACAGACCAAAGUUUAAUAGAACACAAUUAGAUAUCACAGGUUUUGGCCGUAUUCAACUCCGGACAGUUCAACGUUUGGAGCAAAGAGAAUAGAAGGUCACACUUGGCUACAAACGCUUUAUAUUUGGUAAGACGUAAGUUCAUAUAAAUUUAACACUUGGUUUUGUGGUAGAUUCUCGCGCGCAUGCCUCGAAAUAUUGGUUGAUAACUACAUGCCAGUUGACAAUUUUAGGAACAAGCGAACUAAAUUGAAGAAUUAACAUUAUUUUCUCAUUUUGAUAACUGCUGGUCGACCAGCAUCUGCUGUGCGCCAGUGCUUAGCAAAGCCAUCUCUAAGUGUAAUUUUUGCAUGACGAAAACCUACCACAAAGGACGUGUAUUUCAAUUUUCAACACAGCCACUGUAACACCAGAAAUCUUGAUGUUUAUAUAAGGUUAUUAUCAGUACGCGUGUCUGCUUAUAAACCCACUCUGCCUGCUUGUUUACAAGCAUUUAAUUUGAUCAAUUUUCGAUUUGUUAUUGAUCCGCUGAUAAAAUGAAUGCCUUGCUACUGAAAUAGCAUACAGCACAGAUGUCGGUACAGAGACAGAUCAUUUACAGUAUUUAGUUGUCGUUUGUGAAUUAGUCGAAGUUAUCCUACGAUUUGAAGGUAUAUUGAUAGUUUUAUUUAUAAAAUAUUUUGAAAUUUUAUCCAGUAUCUUGCUGUUUUUAAUAAAGCUACUCCAUAGAUAGUUAACAAAGGGAAGAUAUAAUUCGUAAAUUUCCCUACCAAGUUCAAAUUCAGUUCUAGAUUUUGCGAAUUUUUUGUAGAACAAUACUUAUCUUCUGAAAUCUAAAGUACUAAACACAACAAAAGCUUCCUAUUAAAUGCUUUAUGCAAGAAAAUAUAGUUUGCAGCUCGGAUGCAAAUUAUUUUCCCAUUCAUGUCAAUUCAGUCUUAUUUGCACACCUGUUCGUUUAUCCCGAAUAUAAAACAUCUUACAAACAAGAUGUGUUCCGCUUAUUCCAAACACUCCAACAAUAUUUGAUAUUUGGUCACAGGAAAGGUUUCAUACACAGAAUACUAGCAUGAAAUUCUCUAUUUAUGUGAACACAGUAAGACCACUUGACCUUUAUCUAUUUAAAACCUUUGAUUUAAAGAAUUCCAAAUACAUGCAUCAUCUUGUAUUUUUUUUUUCAAAUUGUCGGCUUGAAUUGAUUCGUUCUCUUAUAGAAUCGGUAUAUAAUUACUUUUUAGAAACAAGAUCACAAUAUAUAAAAAGGUUUUAAUAAACCGUAAACUCGGUGGGGCCUAUAAAAACCCGGAUAUGCUAUUCUUUAAGAUCAAUUAUUUGUUACUUUGAAAAAAGAAUGUUUUAUGAUGCGUUUUAAAUUACUGAUACGAUUCCGCAUACAGCUGUUCUACAUAGUAACUUUUUCCGUAUUCAUCAAUUGUAUUUUUUCCCGUGCCUGUCUAACUUGUCGGAAUGCCUGUCAUAUUUUGAGAGCAUGUUUUGAGUUUGGCACGUAAUAUUCCAUUAUUUGAAUAUUCAAUUAUUUGUGUCGAAUUUCAAAGUCUGAACUCCGAAGGUACACAGCGAGGUACACAAAAGCGGACUUUAAUUUAAGGUAACUAUAAAUUUUGUUCCACGUAGGUAUAAUUAAUCUUUUUGACAACAAAUUGUUGGGUUGUUGCAAUUUAUGGACAAAGAAGGCAAAGAACUUUCGCAAAUUCAAUGGAUCAUCCAUUCAUUAAGGAUCGAUCAAAACUGAAAGGCAUUCUUGCUGACAUUUUUUGAAUGCAUGAUUAAACAGUAAUUCAAAACAAGGUUGUAGUGUAGAUUUUAUGUAUUACACUAUAAGACCCAAGUGACGAAAUUAUUGAUAUAUAUGAAUGCAUUGAUUUUGUAUUCAGUUGCCGAGCACGUUUUAACAUGAAUACAGGAAUUGUCUAGUAUGGCUGCCUUUAGCUAUUAAAAUUUAAUCACCGCAGUAAAACUAAAAGUCUGUUUUUAUGUUUUGUUAUGCAAAUUAAGAUUGUAAGCAAAGAAGCUAAGUGCGGGAGACACACACUAUUGAUUUCGAUUUUCAUUUGAUCACUGCCGUACUGUAAUGCUCUGUCGCAAAAUUACAUGGUUUUUAAUACCCCAAAGCGAUUUUAAACAGAAGGUAAAGUAUCAAGUAUGGUAUAAUUGAUUAUUGUAGUUUUAUCCGUUAUAGUUGCACAAUCGACCGAAAAUAGCCGAAGUGAAGUAAAGUGACUAUAUUUAGGCAGGGUGGCCCAUUCAUCUACAAAGGCUGGUUUCCAGCGAGAGCAAAGACAAAGUCCAAAGUUUUUGGUCCAAAGUUCAAAGUUGUUUGGGGAGGGGAGGAUUUAAUACGGGCGGGAAAAUUUACGUUUAUCCCAACAGGACGUCAUUUAUAUUGUGUUGAUAUUCCUUGUUAAUCGAAUUUGCCUGCAAGCAAAACGUAAACAAGGCUAGGGUUUAUAAAGAUUUGUCCUUCACUUCAGUCACAUGACUGAAGAGUGCUUCCAGUUUGACUCUACCAAACAUCGCAGAUUCUCUCCAGGUACCGUCUGGUUUCCUCCUGUAGUGACACUGGAGCAAUAAGGGAAUGACCUUGCUGGGCCUCUAGAAAGAGCAGUGUCAUAAAAAUAUUAUACGUAGAAAACAUUUGCAAUACGGUCAAGGUGAUGGGAUAUAAAAUGUAUUGGGUAAUGCGGCAUGGGGAACAUCUAAUCCUAUACUAGAAGUUUCUGUCGCAAGGGAGGUACAUCACUGUCAUGACAUCGUCGGAAAAGGUCAGUUCGCUGACCUCAGAAUGACGUUUCGUCAAAACUUUCUUCAACAGGGUUCGUAGCGGUCUUUGAAAUCCUUGAAAGUCUUUACAUUUGAAUGCAGGUCUUUAAAGGUCUUUGAAAAGUCUUUGAAUUGUGUGAAAAAGCGAAGAAAGUCUUUAAAAGUCUUUAAAUUCUUUAGUGAUUAUUUGAUUAUACGAUUUCCUAGCUAAUAAAAUAGAUUGAUCGAAGCAAGAUUUUCGCAAAUGUCGACGAAAAAGUGCAUUUUAGGAUGUGAUUUGACGGGACUAAUUAUCUGGUAAAAAUGGUGCUUAUACAUCGCAAUUUUUCGACACCUGAUUGCUCUCAAAGGUCUUUGAAAAGUCUUUGACAAUAGGCAGAAAAAGUCUUUGAAAGUCCCGAAUUUUGUUGGUCUUGGAGACUACGAACCCUGUUCAAGAUUGGUUUAGAAACAAACUUGGACUGGCUAAGUUAGGGUUAGGGUUAGAGUUGGUGUUUGGAAUAGGGUUAGUGUUAGUAAAACCGUUGCUUUGUUACGUUUUGUCACUCUAAGGCCAGGGAAAUAAUCUCUUCCGACCUUGUCAUGAGUGCAGUGAUAUUACGGAACACAAAAUAGGAACAAAAUAUUAGUGAACGUGUCGCUUUUGCACAAGGGAAACGUCUGAAUCAAUAUAGGCUAAAAGUGUGUGUGUGUGUGUGUGUGUGUGUGUGUGUGUGUAUAAGUAGAAUUGAGAGUUGUGUGUAUCGCAUUGUGGAGUGUGGGUAAAGUCGCAGAGUUUGUUAUAACAGUGUAAAGUGAGUGAAUUGUUGUCUGUUGAAGCACGUACGAUUCUAAGUAAUUUCGGACAUUGUAAAACGACGUGUAAAUAUUUGUACUUAUAAAGUUACAUUAUUAAACAAAUUUAGUCUAGUUUAGGUUUCCUCCUAUAGUAACACUGGAUCAAUAAGAGAUGACUCUUACUGGACCUCUAGGAAGAACAGUUUAGAACUGAUAGAGCUAUCCAGUAUAAAUAAAGUUAGUUUAGUUUAGGUUUCUUCCUGUAGUAACACUGGAUCAAUAAGAGAUGAUCCUUACUGGACCUCACGAGAACAGUUAGAUCUGAUAGAGCUAUCCAGUAUAAUUAAAGUUAUAGUUUAGUUUAGGUUUCCUCCUGUAGCAACACUGGAUCAAUAAGGGACGACUUCUGUACUAGACCCCUAGAGAAAAUAGUUUGAACAGAUUGAGCUAUCCAGCGUAUAGAAUUAGUAUAAGUUUCCUCUUGUGGUAACACUGGAUCAGGAAGGGUUCGGUUCAAUUCUGGACCUCCAGGAGAGCAGUUUAGAUCAUUGAUAGAACUGUCCAAUAAAAGCAAAGUUAAUGUGUUAACGAAAACCCUGUACCUAUACACGUUUUCAUCGACAAUUUGUUCUCCUCCAGACUGUUUUGUGAAGCUAAAGCAUCCAACCAAAAAGACAUAAUGGCUACAUCACAUGAUUCUAAACAGUUACCAGACGAAGUAGACGGAAACAAGGUGGUUCCUGCAGGAACAGAGAAACACAAGAAGAAAGGCUUGUUUGGAAAAGCCACGAAAUCUGAAAGCAAAACUAAAGGCAAAGAAACGAAGAAAGAUAGCAAGGGGAAGGAAGAGACGCCAAAAGACGAGACAAAAGAUAAGAAAUCAGACAAAGCAGAAAGUAAAAAAGAAGGUACCACUACUUUGAUCUGUAUAAUGACUUAUUGUAUAGAUGCCAGAUAGGUUUCAGUUAAAGUAUUGAUCUUCACUGCAAAAAAAAACUUGGGUAAAAACUUGAGUGAGUAAAAUUACUCAAAUUUAUGUGCAAAUUUACUCAUUUUUUAGUGGAAGCAGUAUGUGCAAAUUUACUCAUUUUUUAGUGGAAGCAGUAUUUGCUUAAACGCAUAACAGUAUUUACUCAGUUGAUCAGCACGUGUAUGUCAUGUGUAUAGCACGUGUUCCGUGUAUAGCACGUGUUCCGUGUAUAGCACGUGUGAGGCAGGACAAUGUCAAACGCUGCCAAUCAAAACUAAAUUACUCAAAUUGUUCAAAGGUAAGAAGGAAGGGAAGAAGGAUGACAAAAGACAACAUAAAAAAGACAAGAGUGGCGACAAACAGGACGAGAAGAAAGGAGACGGAGAUGGUUCAAAAAAGGAAAACAAGAAAGAAAAAAAAGAACACAAAAAGGAUGUGUGAGUAUUACCGGAUAGCUUCCUGUAGAGACGUAAAAAAACACCAGAGGAAUAUAUUAUUGCAACGGAGAGAUGUUAUUUCGCUUAGGCGCUCUGAGUAUAUUUAGCGAACAUUCCGUAUCGGAUACGUAGUCUAAAGUAACUUUGCACUAGAAACAUAUUUGAGUUCUUCAGCCGGUUAUAGACGAGCAAGUUUUCUAUGACAAGUUUUUAUGUGACAAGUUUUAUUUGCCAAGUGCACGUGUAUACAUAUGCAACAAGUGUUAUACUGGUGUGAACGUGUCAACAAGUUUACUUUGACAAUUUAUUAGUAGCCAGCAAUGUAAUAGUACAGCGGACAACGCGAGUGCUGGCCAAUCACAUCAAAUGCUCAGAUUACUUUGACAAGUUUUCUUUGUUGACCCAUACAGACGAACAAAAUUUGUACUUUGACAAUUUUUUCUAUGACAAGUGCACUUGUUCAAAAGCUAGCAUGCUAGCUUUUGAACAAGUGCACUUGUCAAUUGUCAGAGAAAAAAUUGUCAAAGUUGCGCGUACAGAUGAGCAAAUAAAACUUGUCACAUAAAAAGUUGUCAUAGAAAACUUGCUCGUCUGUAACCGGCUUGGGUUUUAAACCAGAUUACCAGAAUCGAAAUGAGAAAGACUAGCCAUAGGCGUACAGGGCUGACGCUCCCCGGGGGAGUUGAGAGUUCAGUGCCCGAAUUUUUAUGGAGGAUUGAAUGAAGUAACCUGAAUUUAGCAUAUUUUCUGAUAAAUCUGCCUGAAUUUUCUUGAUUUUUCCUAGCAUUUGCCCGAAAACCCCGAAUUUCCAUGAUUUGCUACAGUUGUUUUUUUCUUGGGUGGAGGGGCCAGUUGCCCCCUGCCGCCCUGUCUCGUACGCCUAUGAGACUAGCCGAAUUCACAUUAGAGGCGAGAAACUCGGCUAAGACAGGAAAGUCGUCUGAUAUAAAUCCGGCAACCGCCGAGAUUUCCGUCUCAACAUUCCGUCCAAACAGACCAGAAUCCCCAGCCUAGACCUAGGCCUUCUAUUUUUAUUAUUUUUUAAUAUUCAGCGCUUUUUCACAUGAGAAGACUGGGACAACACCAAAUACCAUACAAUAAUUUACAAUAAUUUAUUGAACUCUCCCCAACGGGGCUUUUCGGAGCCAAUUAACAUUUACAAAAAAUUAUAAGAUAUACUAACAUGAAAUUCUAACUAACUAAUUACUGGUAUGGAUGUAAAAAUCGUUAAAGGCCAAAUGCUACUAUGAAUGAUUUCCUAAAAGAUAUUUACGUAAUUUAUGUUUAAAAAUGUUAACUGAUGAACUACAUUUAAUGUUCUCUGGAAGUUCGUUCCAUAAGGAGACAGCACGGUAAUAGAAUGUCUGUUGGCCAGUUGCACUCCUGAAAAAGGGGAUGUUUAAAGAACUUGAGUUCCUCGUGCAACGUCCACUGAUGUCGACUCUCCUCACAAAUUGUUGAGACAAAGAUUCCGGUGUUAUUCCGUUUAGACAUUUGAAUGUCAAAACAGCGUCACGGUAGAGUAAGUACAGUUUAACGGGAAUCCAGUGCAGUUCAGUUAACAAGGGUGUUAUGUGGUCAAAUUUUCUUGAUUUAGUGAUAAUUCGGGCGGCAAAGUUCUGUACUGCUUGAAGUCUGCGGAUGUUAUUUGCAGUGGUGUUAGCCCAUGCCGAUACUUACCAAAUGCUAGCCCGAAAUUGCCCAAAGCCAGCCGAGUAAAGGCCUAGGUCUAGGCUGCAGAAUCGCAUCUAGACGAGAAACUCGUCUUAAAUUCGCAUUGAGACGGAUAAAACCAACACAAGCAAGGGAAAACUGGAACUAGAAUUAUCGAGAUAAACAUGUGAAACACGAAGUUCCGAAACUGGAAAACCAACAUGGCCGCCAUGGCUUUUGUUGAGUUGGUCCCUGGGGAAUGAGUGCAAACGCUCUAUUGUUUCUCUCUUUUUGAAUUGAAUUGAAUUGAUUUAAUGAUUACUGACUUUGUAACCCAAAAAGGUUAAAUUACACCAGUAUUACAUAAAUUAAGAGAAGUUAAAAUUACAUAAUAAUUACAUAUUUAAGAUUAUUUACAUUUCUAAAAACUUAUUUACUGUUAAUCUUUAAUAUACUUUGAGGUAAAACGAAUUCUUAAAACGUUCAGUUCUACAAACAUAAUUAUGAUAUUUACAUAUAUCGGUCUUAGUCAUAUCCAGCUAAAAUUGUUUGUGGUAAAAGAUCUUUGAGAUUUUCAUUGUCAAUAUUCUUCUCAAAGAAAUGAUCGCAUAAUUUUUCUCGGCGAUCUUUCAGCGACGUGAUGUUAGUCGUGAUCAGCGCUUCGUCAUACUUUUGCGAUGGAAGGGUGAUUCUCAACGCACGUUUUUUGUAUUUUUUCAAUAUCUUCACAUAAAUAUUGUUGGAUAUUGAAAUGCCAGACCUGGCACGCGUACUCCAAAACAGGUCUAAUAAUGGUAGUAUAUACAGGGUGUAUCAAAAAAAAGGUAAUCGAACUUCAGCGCGCUAUUGUAUCCGAAUUACUCUGCGUAUGAACGAGAUUUUAACACAUUCGGAAAGAUCAUGCUUUUAGCUGUUGAAUGAUAUCUUCUUCAUGCCAAAUGGAUGAGCAAAUACGAAUCCGAUAACACAUAUUCAUAAUAAUUAUCAAGUCGGAAUAAAUCUUAGCUAAGCUAUAUACGACACGUUCGUGAUUAAUUGCUUUUAAUUUCUUUUGUUAUGCAUUGUUUUAAUUAGGCACAGAGGUGAAAAUAUGCGAUUUUGACUAACAUUUUUAAUCGGCCUCGUACAUGCCUAUUUUUUCUCCACUUGUCAUGAAAAGCAUGUCAUUCAAUAGCUAAAAGCCUGAUCUUUCCGAAUAUGAAAACCAAUUGUUCAUGCGCCAAGUAAUUCACGUAUAAUAGCGCGCUGAAGUUCGAUUACCUUUUUUUGAUACACCGUGUGCUCGAUCUCUUGCUAGCUUUUUAAACUAUGUUGUUUAUAUGUUCAUUCCACUUCAUUCCACUAGCAAGAAAGAAGAUAAGAAAGAGAAAACAUCCAAGUCGAAACAUGAGAACGACGACAAGAAACACACGGAGGAAACGGCGGAAAAUGGAAGUAAAAAAGAAAGUAAGAAGGAAGGAAAGAAGGAAGAUAAGAAAGAGAAAAAAUCAAAAUCUAAAAGUGAAAAUAAGGAAGAAGUUCUUGACAGCAAAAGUUCCUCAAAAAGUGAGUUUUUGUAAUUUGAUCAAUAUUUCCCCGAUUUAUAUACACUAGAGACGAGAGAUUUAUAUAUUCUAGGAAGAUUAAGAACAGGCUGACAAAGCUAUCCAGAAUCUAGUACGAAUAAGGUGAAUUUAUUCAUUCUUUUUGUGAUUCUAGCGACUAUCACUUCGUCUGAAGCGGACGAGAACUCGGAGAAGAAACACAAAAAACCGUUCAAGUUGUUUAAGAAAGGAAAGAAACAAGCUAAACAUAGCGAUGAUGCAACGCCACACGAAACUGCUCCCCAGCCUCCCAACGCAGAGAAGACUUCGGUCAGCAAGACCAAAAAGGACAGCGGUCACACACAGAAAUCUAGCGAAACCCAGUCUCUGGAAAAGGCGAAGGCGGAGCGAAGUAGUUCUGGAGAAUCACGUGAUAAAUCCACUCCUACUACAAAUGAAGCCGAAGCUCAACUACCGAAAGAAAGUCUCCUGGGAAUCGUAAAAGAGAACCAACCAAAAGAUGACAAACCGAAGCGAGAAAGUUCCGAGGUACAAAAGUCCGGUGUACAAAAUCUUGAGGAUGAACAUCACGAGGUACAAAAACCCAAAGAUGAACAUCACGAGGUGCGAAAACCCGAGGAUGAACAUCACGAGGUGCAAAAACCCGAGGAUGAACAUCAAGAGGUACAAAAACCCGAGGAUGAAGAUCACGAGGUACAAAAACCUGAGGAUGAACAUCACGACUUGCAAAUUCCCGAGGUACAAAUAUCCGAGGUCAAGGAUCACGAAAUAGAAAAACCGGGUGAUGUUCUUUUGGAGCACGAAGAGCAAGCAGAUUCUCAGAAUGAGCCCAGUAAAUCCACUGUCGAAACUGUUGCCGAACCUGUAUUAGAUGAAGUCAUCGCGUCUCAAGAUGAAAUAACUGUGGAGAUUUCUCCUGAUGUGGAAGCAUGCAAUGAUCAGGUGAAUUGCUAAGUCUACUGACGUCGUUUAAGCCUGGUCUCCAUAUGGUCGUAACGGUCGUAAAGAUUGAGUCACGAUCUUUCUCAUCAGCCGAAAUACAACAUUUUAGAACUGAAAAUACGCGGAGUGAUUAAACUAUAGAAUACGUAUGAUUUAUAUGUGGUUUACAGGUAUAAACUAUUAUAAACUGGCCAUUGAGAAAGAUCGUGACUCUAUUUUUACGUACGACCAUAUUAAAACCAGGCAUUACAUCUAAUACUAAGCAUGAACAGUCACCAAGAAAAAAACAACAUUGUCUACACUCACGUGACACUUCAGUGUUUGCAACGAGUAUUUGGUAGCUUUUUAUCUGAUCAGGGCAUCAGCCAAUCAUGUUUAGCCUCACAGUGAGCUCAUCGAAACAUUCAAAUGCUCGGUAAAAACUUCAUAAAAGUUUCAUGUGAGAACAGACCAUGCUUCUGUCUGGAACUGGUCUUCUUUUUGGCUAACCAUUUCUAUCGCGUCUUUCGAUUAAAAUUAAGAACGAAGUAAUAACCGAAACACAUUCUGCACGUAGUAUUUAUUAAUAUAAUAUACAGUCCAAUUACAGACAGAGAUUAACGAAACGAAAUAACACUAAGACAAUGUAGUUGUGUUCUCGGUAAAAAGUCUAAGUUGUCUGUCCCGAGUCUAUAUCCAAGAUAGUUCAAUAGUAGAGUGAUAAUGGUCUAACUCUGACGACUGUUUAACGAUAAUGACAAAAACAACUUGGUAAAGUCUGGUGCAAUAACAAGAAUGCUAAUUAAACAUGCAUAUGAAUUAAUUACCACUACAUAAUGACGUCAAUUAGUAACGCCGGAAAUAUAAUUAAGCUAACGUUUGAAUAAGGUUUGAAUAAACCAUGACAAUUUCACUAAACAAAUUUUCAAAAAACGAAUAUUUAUGGACAAUGACUAAAUUAGAUUUUUGUUCUAGGAUGAUGACACAAUUGAACAAACAAUUGUUGCUGUUGACGACCAUGCCUCAGCCUUGAAACAAGAAGACCUGCAUUUACUUCAUGGGGACGAAACUGAAACAAACUUGCAUGCUGAUAGACACAUGGAAAAUGAAGAUGUUGCCGAGAUUGCAAAUCAUCUGAAUGAAGCAGAAGCGAUGCAACAAGAAUUAGAAGGUGAAGAAGAAAAACACGGCACUGAAAAGACGGAAGAAUUAGAAGAUCGAGAACCGGAAGUAGAUGUCCUCCUCUCGGAAGGAAAAGUACCGGAAACGGAAGUUAAAACCUCAGAGCAGGAAGUGGAAAACCCGGAACUGGAUGUAAAAGAUACGGAGCAGACUGUUCAACACCCGGACGAGGAAGACGACAAGGCAGAACCAGAAGAAGAGAAGCCAGAACCGGAAGAAGACAAGCCGGAAGCGGAAGAAGACAAGUCGGAACUGGAAGUAGACAAGCCGGAACAGGAAGAAGACAAACCUGAACCGGAAGAAAAAUCAGAUAAACUGGACGAAGGAAAGCUGGAAGGAAAUGGCAUCAUUACCGGUAGGGAAGCCGAGGAAAGUGCGUAUCUAAGUCUGACCAAUCAAAACGAGGAGAAACCGGACACGGAAAAACCGGACACGGAGAAAUCGGACACGGAAAAACCGGACACGGAAGUUCGUAAACGGAAUGGCAGUAAGUCCCGUGAAAGGUCAACCGAAAGAUGUGUUGAGGCAUCUGUAAAUCACACAAAACGUCGUACGAUAUCUAUAUUUAAGACUGAUUGUUGUGUAAUCGUGUGAUUGGGUUUUAGCUCUCCUUAUAGAAAGGCUUUUCACGACGCGAUAAUGCAUUAUGAAUCUUUUUUCGUGUUACAUAAUGGAUAAAACAUUGAUCUUAGCAAAAAAAGUAUAAGGGCUUGUAACAUUACUUUAGAAUAGCUUCUAAUGAUAGCCUUGAUGGAAACAUUUACGAGAAAUAGUCAUAGCUUUGUCUGCAUGAGUAUGGGCCAAUGAGCGUUGGCCAAAGGUUCAGAUUUGACUACCACCUUUCACUGGCUUAGUCCGCAUCUCAUUGGUUAAUGGGAUAGUUCAAAUGUAUCUGAUUGGUCAGUGCUUCCUUAGUGGUAGCGGGAGUGGAAGUCAAAUACUGUUGGUAUUUGGAGUUUUAUAUUAAUAAGCGGCAAAAUGGUCGACACGUUAGAAUUAAAAUAUCUAUUAAUUUAUUAAAGAUCUAUGCAGUACAGUUCACACAAAAUCAGCUUUCUUUACAUUUUUGGCCUAUUUCCUAAUUAACAAAAUUUUGAUCUAGACAAGUCUAGACACAAAUUUCAUCACAGCUUGAAAGAGCAUCACAAAAUUAGUAAUAUUCCGAAGUUUCGUUGCGAAAUGUUGUAAAAUGCGGAUAAUAUAGUCCAGUGAAGUUUGCCGUUUUUCAGUCAUUUUGAAUUACGCACGGGAAAUUGAUACGCUUUCUGAAAAAAGGUAUCAAUUUCCCGUGCGUAAUACAAAAUGACUAGACUGAAAAACGGCAAACUUCGCAGGGCUAUAUUAUCCGCAUUUUACAACAUUUCGCAACGAAACUUCGGAAUAUUACUAAUUUUGUGAUGCUCUUUCAAGCUGUGAUGAAAUUUAUGCCUAGACUUGUCUAGAUCAUCAUAGGUCCAUUGUGGAGCUGGGGAUUCCAAUGUAAGCAUGCGCAGAACUGACUGUCAUCGAACCGACUGUGAAUAAUGGAUCAUAAAACAUUGCAUGCUAAGUAUGUAGUUGAGUAUAUAGGAAAGGGGAAGGUUUCCCCUCGGUGGCCGUCCACAUGUUGGCCAUUCACCAUUGCCUUGAAAUGCAAAGAUAUAAGAUUGUAUUAGUAAGAAAUUCUAAUAACAUUUUACAUUAACGUUUAGACUGAUAUUUUAGAAGUAAUAUUAAACACUUUAAUGUGUUAUUUAAGAUAUAUCAUAAUUUAUAAAUUAUAACAGUUUUCUAAAAGUUUGCGUGCCGUCUAAUCGUCAAAUAAUGUACCCAGUACCCUUAUGCAAAGAAAAUUAAUUAAACUAGGUUGUUGUCAAGCCGAUAUCAGGAUGUGUUCGCUCUGCUUGUUCCCAGUUGUUGUGAUAUUAAAGUCUGGAACAAGUUGUUAUAUCACCUUCUUCCAAGGUUGAUGACAGUAAUAGACUUGCUACAAGUUGUUCCAACAAGACUAAUUCAGGCUUAAUAAUUAAUAAGCCUUGGCUUCUAGGACAGGGUGUUCGUAACAAGUUGCUACGAGCUUGUUGUCAUCAACUUGUUAACAACUUGUUACGUACAGACGAUAUCAGACUUGUUGGAACAACUUGUUGCGAGUCUGUUGGCCUCAUCAACCUUGUUGCAAGAUGAUAACAACUCCGGGAAAAUUUCAUGAUAAAACUGAUACGCUAACAAUUUUGGGGAAAAAAUGUUCUAAAGAAAACAUUUUUCUACGUCUGGCAAUUUCAUGAACGUCCGACAAAUUUAUGACAAAAUUAGCCCCAGUCUAUCCUCCCCCCCCGCAAAAAAAGCCGUUCCGCCGCCACUGUUAACAGUUAACCACAAGUUCAUGUACCAUGAUAUAUCUGCAC